GGACACCUUCCGAAACUACUGUCAGGAGCGGCUGAUGCCCCGCAUCCUGCUGGCCAACCGCAAGGAAGUUUUCCAUCGGGAAAUCAUCACGGAGAUGGGGGAGCUGGGUGUGCUGGGCCCCACCAUCAAAGGGUAUGGCUGUGCUGGGGUAUCCUCUGUGGCCUAUGGGCUCCUGGCCCGAGAACUGGAGCGGGUGGACAGCGGCUACAGGUCAGCCAUGAGCGUCCAGUCCUCCCUCGUCAUGCAUCCCAUCUACGCCUAUGGCACCGAGGAACAGCGGCAGAAGUACCUGCCCCGGCUGGCUAAAGGGGAGAUCCUGGGCUGCUUCGGGCUCACAGAGCCCAACUGCGGGAGCGACCCCAGCAGCAUGGAGACCAGAGCCCGCUACAACCCGUCCAGCAAGACCUACACCCUGGACGGGACCAAGACCUGGAUCACCAACUCGCCCGUGGCCGACCUGUUCGUGGUGUGGGCUCGAUGCGACGAUAGCUGUAUUCGGGGCUUCCUGCUGGAGAAGGGCAUGCGGGGGCUCUCGGCCCCCAAGAUCGAGGGCAAGUUCUCCCUGCGGGCCUCGGCCACGGGAAUGAUCAUCAUGGACGGCGUGGAGGUGCCGGAGGAGAACGUGCUGCCCGGCGCGUCCAGCCUGGGGGGUCCCUUCGGCUGCCUGAACAACGCCCGGUACGGCAUCACGUGGGGCGUGCUGGGAGCCGCCGAGUUCUGCUUGCACACGGCCCGACAGUACGCCCUGGACAGGAUCCAGUUUGGCGUCCCCUUGGCCAGGAACCAGCUGAUUCAGAAGAAGCUGGCGGACAUGCUCACGGAGAUCGCGCUGGGCCUCCACGCCUGCCUGCAGCUCGGCCGCCUGAAGGACCAGGACAAGGCCACCCCGGAGAUGGUCUCUCUGCUGAAGAGGAAUAACUGCGGGAAAGCCUUGGACAUCGCCCGCCAGGCCCGGGACAUGCUGGGGGGGAACGGGAUUUGUGACGAGUAUCACGUGAUCCGGCACGUCAUGAACCUGGAGUCGGUGAACACCUACGAAGGGACCCACGACAUCCACGCCUUGAUCCUGGGAAGAGCAAUCACGGGCAUGCAGGCGUUCACGGCCGGCAAGUGAAGAUACUUUGUGGAGGCCCGGCUGCCCUGCAGCCCCUUCCCAGAGAGACUCUGGGGGGCCGGGGCCUGGGCCCUGCGCCCUGAGCUGAGUAACGGAGCAGGCAGAAGAAGCCACUGAUGGCCGGAAGUAAGGGACAUGGACUUAAAUAUCUGAAUUUUGCUCUGAAGGCCUCAGAGGUGCUCUUUGAAAGAAGCUGGGAUUCUCUUUACAGCCCUUCUCCACCCCCCGCUCCUCCCCGGAC